AUGACAACCAGAAACCUCAAUAGAACCUGGUGCGACGUUGUCUUCAAUCAAUAUGCCGCUGAUUUCGACGCCGACGUUCCAUUCCCCGUUCGCUAUCUGAUCAACGCUCCUGUAUGGAAGAAAGAUAUAUUCAUCGAAAUUCCAAUCAAAAUCCCAGUCGCCACCUUCCGCCGCUCCGUCUUGACGUUCGUCCGCGCAAAGCGCCUGGACUCUGAUCCGGCCUACCGCGAUGAGAACAUCUCUGUUAGAGCACGUGUCUCUUUUCGAGAGAGACAGGCUCAAGAAGCCAACAAGCAACAUGAUGGUCCGGGAACGCAGGAUCCUGCUACCGUUGCUGGCGACGCUCAGGACAGUCGCUGA